CCCACACCGUUCUCCUCACUUCCACACUCCAAACUUCUCCCCAUUUCCCAUCCCUAUAUUCACAUUCAAUGGCUUCUCCCUCUACUUCGAAUCUGUCACCAAAGUUGCUCUUGAUGUCUCUUCUGCUUGGUUCCUUUGUGGUUGCUUCUGUUGGUAACUUGUACCAAGAUUUUGAUCUCACUUGGGGUGAUGGCAGAGCCAAGAUCCUCAACAAUGGACAGCUUCUUACUCUCUCCCUUGACAAAGCCUCUGGCUCUGGCUUCCAGUCCAAGAAUGAGUAUCUGUUUGGGAAGAUUGAUAUGCAGCUGAAGCUUGUGCCUGGAAACUCUGCUGGCACUGUCACUGCCUACUAUCUAUCUUCACAAGGGCCUACCCAUGAUGAGAUAGAUUUUGAAUUCUUGGGGAAUCUCAGUGGUGAUCCAUACAUUCUUCACACUAAUGUGUUCAGCCAAGGAAAGGGAAACAGAGAACAGCAGUUCUACCUCUGGUUUGACCCCACUGCUGAUUUCCACACCUAUUCCAUCCUCUGGAAUCCCCAGCGGAUUAUCUUCUCUGUGGAUGGCACCCCCAUUAGAGAGUUCAAGAACUCUGAGUCCAUUGGUGUUCCAUUCCCAAAGAACCAGCCCAUGAGGAUAUACUCCAGUCUCUGGAAUGCAGAUGACUGGGCAACAAGAGGUGGUCUUGUGAAGACAGACUGGAGCCAAGCACCUUUCACAGCCUCCUACAGGAACUUCAAUGCCAAUGCUUGUGUUUGGUCCUCUGGAUCAUCUUCUUGCAGUUCAACCUCUCCAUCUUCUACAUCCACCAAUAGUGGAUGGUACUCACAAGAACUAGAUUCCACAAGCCAAGAGAGAAUGAAAUGGGUGCAGAAGAACUACAUGAUCUACAAUUACUGCACAGACACAAAGAGAUUCCCACAGGGCCUUUCCCCUGAAUGCACUGCCACCACCACAUCCUAGAGGAAACUCAACCUUAAAGGCCAUUCAGUUAGAUAGUUUGCCUCUGUAGGUUUCCUCAGUUCUGUUCUUUCAUUCUUUAUCAUUUUAGUCGGUAUCACCACAGCUCAUUGUUUACAUUGAAAUAUAUGAGAUGAAUAAAAAAUCCUUUUAGCCCUUUUUCUGUUU